GCGUCUAGGAUGCCUUCGCCGGAAGGACCUAGGGCACGUCAGGCAGUGGGCGGUGUUGGGGGCGGAGUCGAUAGAAGCGUCGCGCGCGCGUACGCGGGAAGUGUGUGAAUAGCAGUGCACGUGCAGUCAGUGUCACAGGACAGAAGGGUGGGGAGAGUGCGGCCGCGGUGUGGAAGCGCUCCGGCGCUGGUUUAUGUAAGCAGGAUCACAGGACAGGACUUGAUUAGCACCUUGGUGCCGUCAGGCUGCUGGAGAGCGAGAUGAAUGCCAUUUAGCUGUGAGGAACCGGAGACAUUUUACUAGAAGUCACGUAAAUGAUGUCACGGAGGAUGGACAAGGACAGGAGUCAUGUGACUGAAAGGAUAUUAAACCUCACUGUGGAGGUCAUCCAGCUGCUGACAGGAAAGGAUCACACAGUAGAGAGGAAGACAUCUGGAAAGUGUGAGACACCCAGUAGCCAUCCUUGUGUGUCAGGAGGACUGAGCAGGACCCAGAGCCCCAUCACGGUGCCUCCACCUCGCUCACUGACACAUGAGAGGCACAGUGACCAGAAGAUCCUGAAGCUCACCAACAAGAUCAUCCAUCUGCUGACUGGAGAGGUUCCUAUAAGGUGUGAGGACGUCACUGUCUAUCUCUCCAUGGAGGAGUGGGAGUAUAUAGAGGAACACAGGGGUCUGUACAAGGACGUGAUGAUGGAGAAUCACCAGGCAUUGAAGAUGGAUAUGACUGAGAGGAUAAUAAAUCUCUUCCUGGACAUCAUCUGUGUGCUGACUGGAGAGGAUCACACAGUAGUGAAGGGAACAUCUGGAGAGCGUGAGCCAGCCAGCAGCCAUCACCGUGUGUCAGGACUGGGGAGGACCCAGAGCCCCAUCACGGUGCCUCCACCUCACUCACUCAUGCAUGAGAGGCACAAUGACCAGAAGAUCCUGGAUCUCACCAACAAGAUCAUUCAGCUGCUGACUGGAGAGGUUCCUAUAAGGUGUGAGGAUGUCACGGUCUCUUUCUCCAUGGAGGAGUGGGAGUAUAUAGAGGAACACAGGGGUCUGUACAAGGACAUGAUGAUGGAGAAUCACCGGCCCCUCACAUCACUGGAUGGGGCCAGUAACAGGAAUACCCCAGAGAGAUGUCCCCGUCCUCUUUAUUCCCAGGAUCAUACAGAGGAGAAUCACAGUGUACUACAGGAGGGUCAGGGUGAAGAUCUUAUUGAUGUUAAAGUAGAAGAUAUAAAAGUAGAUGAGCAGACGCAUGUGAUGGGUGAUCAGCAGUGUAAGGAGGAGGAAAUCCCUACAGAUAUCAGCACAGACUCCUCUAAAGAUCCAUCUACUGAUAUAAAGGAGGAAUCGGUCUCAUGUGAUGGAGACCUCACACACACUGACAUGUAUACAGCCGCAGAUAAUACACAGAAAAUAUCUACUCGUAUAAAAAGCAACUGCAUUACAAAUGUGUCUUGCUCUGGAUGUGAAAAAUGUUUUACUCUUAAUUCAAACCUUGUUAUACAUCAGAGGAGUCACACAGGAGAGCCGCCAUAUUCCUGCUUAGAAUGUGGGAAAGGGUUUAGAAGUAAUUCAGAACUUCUUGUACAUCAGAUGAUUCAUACAGAUGAAAAACUGUUUUCUUGCUCAGAAUGUGGGAAAUGUUUUAAAGUAAAUUCACAUCUUGUUAAACAUCAGAUGAUUCAUACAGGAGCAUACCCAUAUUCCUGCUCUGAAUGUAAGAAAUGUUUUAGAUAUAAAUCAGAACUUGUUAUACAUCAGAGAAGUCACACAGGUGAGAGACCUUAUUCUUGCUUGGAAUGCGAGAAAUGUUUUCCAAUUAAAUCGCUACUUGUUAGACAUCAGAGAAGUCACACAGGUGAGAGACUAUAUUCUUGCUCGGAAUGUGAGAGUGUGUGUAUAAGUAAUUCAGAACUUGUUAGACAUCAGAGAAUGCAUACUGGAGAGAAACCAUUUUCCUGCUCUGAUUGUGGGAAAUCUUUUACACUUAAAUCAGAUCUUGUUCGACAUCAGAAAAGUCACACGGGGCAGAGACCAUAUUCCUGCUCUGAGUGUGGGAAAUGUUUUACACGUCAUCCACAUCUUGUUAUACAUCAGAGACUUCACACCGGAGAGAGACCGUAUUCUUGCUCGGAAUGUGGGAAAUGCUUUACACGUAAUUCACAACUUGGGUUACAUCAGAGACGUCACACAGGCGAGAGACCAUAUUCCUGCUCUAAAUGUGGGAAAGGGUAUAGAAGUUUUCCCGAGCUUGUUAGGCAUCACAGAUUUCAUACAGGUGAGAUACCGUUUUCUUGCUCGGAAUGUGGGAAAGGGUUUGACGUAAAUGCACUACUUGUUAGACAUCAGAUGAUUCACACAGGAGCAUACCCAUAUUCCUGCUCUGAAUGUGAGAGAGGUUUUUCAAUUAAAUCAGAACUUGUUAGACAUCAGAGACGUCACACAGGUGAGAGACCGUAUUCUUGCUCGGAAUGUGGGAAAGGGUUUAAAAGUAAUGCAGAACUUGUUAUACAUCAGAGACGUCACACCGGAGAGAGACCGUAUUCUUGCUCUGAAUGCGGGAAAUGCUUUACAUAUAGAACACAACUUAGUAAACAUCAGAAAAGUCACACAGGAGUGAACCCAUGAUAUAGGUCUGAGUGUAAGGAGAGGGAGUUAUAGUAAGACAGAACUUUUACACGAGUGCGGUCACCCAGGAGAAUACUCAUAAUUCAUUCUCUGUGUAAGAAAUGUUUUACAUGUUUAUGUUCUGUAUGGCAGAAUGUGUGAUUAUUACUAAUAAUAAUACGUAUUAAUAUACUCUGCACUGAGCCUGAGUGCGGUUAUCUUGAAGCUUACGCCUAGAUUUCCUAGCAUGUAAUUCACACCCCGCUAUAUGGUACCAGCUCCUUUACUGGUUCCCUACGUUUUCUGUGUAUCUCUUCUACAUCCUCCUUUGUCAUUAAUUGGUUUUCUUCCAGUCCUCAUCCUCCACCCGCUAUCAAGAUUCAGCACCAAAAGGGAGUCCCGCAAUUCCACAGAAGGAGCACACGUUGGGCUUUAGGCUUCUGUCCCAGUUAGAACCAUUCCUAGCUGACAGUAUAGGAUCUCAACUUCCUAGCAUGUAAGUGACAGCAUUGCAGUCAUUCAUCUUCUCCCAAUUUUAUGAUCCUUUCCAUAGAAUAUAUCUGUAGUCCAUGUCAACAUUCCCAUUAACAGGUUAGCUGCCACUGGCCUUCUUCCCCUCACUCUUUUAUCCUCUCUCAUUGGACAUAUAAUUAAUUAGACUUAUCUUCUUCCAUCUCUGCUCCAAAUUUUCCAACUUGCUCUCCUCCCUUUGAUAGUUUACCUCAUUUGCUUCAACCCAUCCCUUUCUCCAGUUCCCCCCUCAUGCAAAGCAUCCAUAAUUCACCUAACCUGCCAUGUUUUCUUCCUUUUUUAUUAUUUUAUGUCCCUACUCUAUCUUCUUUCAAAAACAUUUUCCCCAAUGUCCUAGACACCGCUCACUGCUCCGGACAAAUCUUUGGCCACUGACACUCUUCACACCAGACCUGGCACGCUGUGCUGUCCCGUUACCUGCACAGUGCUUCUGCAUUGGCGGAUUGCUGCUGCAGGAAAUACUGCUUUUACUGCCGGCUUCAUGUACUGUAAAUUUACUCUUCUGUCAUACAUCUAUGCUCUCAGUUCAUUAAGUCUCUCAUUUCCGGUCAGAUUUUUCAACACUUGUUUCCUCUUUGCCACAUUCAAUUUUGACCGUUUGUCCUAACAGUACUUGUGUCCUGACAGCCUAUGGUUAUUGACGUCUACUCCCCCCUUUCCUCAGCUCACAUUUUACAUUGCCAUCCCCAGUCACCUCUCCAGCUUAAUGGUGAUUAUUCUAUAAAGAAUUAAGAACAUUGGUCUUUGUGAAUCCUAUAGUUUCCCUUUUAAAUACUAAGGGCCGUGUUGCAAACCGAAAUCAGAUUUUUUUUAAAAGCGUCAAUUAAAGGCGUGGUUAUGGGGGUCAUUCCGCAGCUGUUGCGGCUGGCCGGGAGUUGAUAGUCACUGCCCCUGGUCGCAGCGGCUGUGUAUGACGUUGCCCGGCCCCUGCACGGUCUGGCCACGCCUACGUUGGCCGGACCGCACCCCCAUAAUGGCGGGCAAACACUGCUAUGCUGCCCCCUACCUCUGUGCAACCGCCUCUGCCUGUCAAGCAGGCAGAGGUGAUCUCUAGGCAAUGACGCAGUUCCGACCCGAUCGCUGCGAUAAACUACAGUGAGCGAUCGGGUUGGAAUGACCCCCUAUGUAUUGUAAAUGACUGGCGCAUUAAAAAAUAUCCAAGUGUGACGGGCAACCCGCACCUCCGGCCAACUGGUACAGCAUUACAUCCGGCCCUAAAUGUUACGUUUAGCCAAGACCUUGACAAGAAGGAUUCAUUUUCAUCUAGGAGAUGUGAUCCAUCCAGACCAGUCAGGAUUUAUAUCCAAUUACAGCAGAUCUACAAACAAAUAGGGAUAAACAUUAUUCAAUCGUCUCAUGACAAUACAACAACUCCUAUUGCUUCCAAAGAUCACAGCUAAGUCAUGUGACACUGCGGAGGGGAAUUAUAUAUGGAAAGUGAUACACUGGUGUAACUCUGAGCAACUUUGUUUUAUUGGAAAUGAUUCAAAUAUUUUUAAACCAAUAAAGAAAUGUUUCUGAACAUACUUCACAGAUUGUAUCUCUUACAUAGUUACAUAGUUGGUGAGGUUGAAAAAAGACAAAUAUCCAUCGAGUUCAACCUGUAUUAUAAAAUUAAAUAUAAUUUAGAUGCAGUAACCUUGGAUAUUUCUAUCAGUUAGGAAUUUAUCUAAUCCACUUAUUUAGUGAGUCCACCAAUACUACCUCCUCUGGUAGAUAAUUCCAAAUCCUUACUGCUCUUACUGUAAAGAACCCUUUCCUCCGUUGUGUAUGAAAUGUUUUUUUCUUCUAACCUCAGGGGGUGUCCUCCUGUCCUGUGUAGCAUUUGUUUGAUAAACAGAUCAUCUGAUAAAUCCUUGUAUUGUCCCUUACAGUAUUUAUAAAUAUUAAUAAUGUCCCCUCUCAGCUGCCUCUUUUCCAGUGUAAACAUAUCUAACCUUGUGAGUCUUUCCUCAUAACUCAGUGCCUCCCUUAACCAGUUUGGUGGCUCGCCUCUGAACCCUUUCUAGUUCCAAGAUAUCUUUUUAUAGUGAGGUGCCCAGAACUGUACACAGUAUUCCAGGUGUGGCCGCACCAAUGAUUUAUACAGUGGCAGGAUUACGCUCUCAUCCCUUGUCUCCAUACCCCAUUUUAUGCAUGCUAACACCUUAUUUGUUUUUGUUGCUGCAUUUUGACAUUGCGUACUGCUACUGAGUCUAUAAUCGAUGAGCACACCCAAAUCCUUUUCAACCACCGUUAUCCCUACAUUUUUGCCAUUUAGUUUAUAUGCUGCCCGAUUAUUCUUAAUCCCAAAGUGCAUAACUUUACAUUUUCUCUCUCAUAAAUAUUUUUAAUAGUUCUUUCAACCACUCAUAACUGCUGGAAAUGCGGAGAUUCUCGAGCAGACCUUUAUCAUAGUUUUUGGUUAUGCCCCCUGAUUGGAAGCUUCUGGGUACAAAUCUGUAGAUAUGUUGCCUGGUAAACUAUUUACACCUGGCGCCAGAAUGGGCAAUCUUUGGUAUUUUUUAAAUGACCAAGCCAUGUCAGAAGGUGGCAAAAAAUGACUUUUAGCAGCACGCAAAUCCAUACUACAAGUGUGGAUCCACCCAGAGCCUCCGUCAUUACCCUUAUUCCUAGCAAAGCCGUUUUACCUUUUUCCAGUGGAAUGGGUGGGAGUGGCUCUAGAGAAGGACAGAAAAGUAAAGCAAUAUGUUGAAGUGUGGGAGAGUUACAUAGCAACGUUAUCUGCUUCAGUAAGAUGACACAUUCACACCUCCCAAACCAACACUUUGUGGUAUAUGACCAGAGUAUCGGGAGGUCAUCCACCUAUUUCUCUGUGAUACCCAUUUUAUAUGUCCCAUGGGAGGGCGAGGGGCGAGCGCAGAAAACAUUUUUGUUUUUUCUAGCUCAAGUAUUUCUUAACAAGUUCUUGUUGGAUGUGAAUGAUAGCUGGCAUAAUAUGAUGUUCUAGCCGAAAUCAACAAUACUGUGCGAUCCUUGUACUUUUGUGUCGUUUUCUGUGACUGAACGUCUGAAAGAAACGAGAUAAAUGCAGACAACAGAUUUGUACAACGUCUUUGAAUUUAUUGUUUAAUUACACUGUAAUGUACACAAUAUUAAUUUUCUUUUAUAUUUAUGAUUGUAUGAUACUUUGCUUCAAUAAAAAGUUAAACCACUGCGA